AUGGCUUCGGUCUCGAGUUUAGAUAAAGACUUGCGCAAUAUGCGCUUGUCAAAAUACACACCGCAGGCCGCCAACGAAGUGCGGGAAUGGAUCGAAGAGACACUUCGUCAGAACCUGACCCCAGGAGAUCUUCUGGAUGCAUUGAAAGAUGGCGUGGCACUCUGCAAGCUGAUCAACCUUGCUGUGUCUCCCGGAGUCAAAUAUAAAGAAUCGUCGAUGCCUUUCGUGCAAAUGGAAAACAUAUCGCACUUUCUUCGCGCCUGUCAAAUGGCUCCCCUAGGCCUGCCUCCGCAUGACGUUUUCCUUACUGUUGACCUCUAUGAACGCAAAGAUCCGGCGCAGGUCCUGCAGUGUCUGAGUGCCUUUAGUCGACGCGCCAAUGCUCUUCAACCCGGCAAAUUUCCUCGCUCAAUAGGUGGCAUCAAGAGCAAAGGUGGCGUUGUUAGCCCGCAGGGAACUGGAUCCACUCUCGGGAUUACCUCGAGGUCUCGCGGUACCAGCAACGUGAGCCAGAGCAGCUCUACUACAUUUAACCCAAUUGCCAGGGACACCACUCCAGGCCGAGUCAGCCCGACGAAGACUGGACCCUCUCCUGGUUCACCUCCACCUGCAGUCAGCAGCUGGAGCAAGAAAACAGACCAGGGAACUACUGCCCCCGCGUGGAACAUUCACCAAUACGGCUAUAUGGGCGGAGCAAGUCAGGGAAACCAAGGUGUCGCUUUUGGUGCCAGACGGCAAAUCACAAGCACAACACCUGCUGUGCCUAGUCUUGCUGAGAAGGAAAAGCGACGCCGAGAAGCAGAAGAGGAAGCAGGGCGACAACAGCAGGAAGAAAGGCUGCGCCGACAACAGGAAGAGGAAAAUUCCAAAGCAGAGGAAGAACGUCGCUGGGCAGAAGAGACUGCGCGUUUGAGGGAAAAGGAGCGCCGAGAGAUUGAGGACGAGAAGAGACGAUGGGCCGAGGAGCAGAGGAGAUGGGAAGAGGAUGAACAGCGCCGCCUCAAAGAAGAGAUAGAGACAGAGGAAAGAGCAGACAAGGAACGACAACGGAAACGAGCUACAAGUGACGCACGUCUUAACGGUCAAUUCCUGAGUCAAUACCAAGCAAUCCAGAAGAGUCCGGAACUGGAUGAACCAUCGGCAGAAUCUCGGCGCAUUCAAGAAUUGGAGAGACAGCUCGAGUUAGCUAAGCAGCGCGAGCUCCAGUAUGAGGAAGAACGUGAUGACCUUCGUGCGAAAGCAGCUGCUGAAAAGGCACGUUCACGAAGUCGAAGCCGGCCUCGUCCUGUACAACCAAGCUACGACCUCACUUCUCAGGUUGAGGAACGCAAACUCCUUCGAUCCGAGUGGAACAAGCAGCAAAACGAAACUGCUGCCGUUCCGGAGCAAGAAGAAGAAGCGCCGCCUCCACCUUUGCCCUCUCGACCGUUACCUGAACCAACAGUCGCCCCAGCGCAACCACCUCGCCCGCUUCCCACCCCUGGAACUUACAGCAGAGAAAACCGCACAGAUCGGUUCCUUGCAUCCAACCCUGCUCCUGUACAAUCUAGACCUGUUCCUCACCGACCCCAGGACUACUCCACGACUACUGAAGUCGACAUCGAAAAUAGACGCCGGGCAGCGGCACAGGAGAAGACCCGGGCUGGAGGUUGGGCUUCCAAGUCCCUUCUCGAGCGCGAAAUGGAACGUGAGCGUGAACGCCAACGAGAAUGGGAAGAUAAUCAGAAAAACACAGCCGAAGCGGCCAAGGCUGGUGUCGGGGCUGAUGUCAAAACGUCGCCAGGCCAAGGCGCGUGGGAUGUACACCAGUAUGGAUACCUGGGCGGCGACAGCCAGAAUCGCGGGGGUACAGGGCUGGGAGUUUCAGGACCCAGACGACAGAUUAUCGGACCGCGACCUCCUCCAUAG